AUGGAGACCGCGGAGGGUUUUCGCAUUGGGGGUAUUCACAUUCCCACUCCCAAUCUAGGUGUAACAAAAGAAGAAGAAGUUACAAACCGCAAUGAAGUACGAGCUGCAAUUGCAGAAGGAGGUUGGGACGUUAUUUGGGGAGACCUGAUUAAUGAAGGAGACCUUCUUACAUUUAUCAUUUCGCUGCCUACAGGAACUACAGGAGAAUGGGUUGCUCUGCAGGUCCAGGCUCAGUUGGCGAAGUUUUCCCAGAGACUGGGUGAUGUUUCUGAGGUAGUUCUUGCGCAAGCGACUAAUUUUAUAAACGGCCUGAUAAAGAGAAAGGGUUCUGGAGAAACAGAUAUCAAUGGACUAGGAAUCAAGGGAGGCUUUGCCACCUACCACCGCCACAUGGAGUAUACGCUCGCGGGUGCAAAAGUUGGCAGUCACGAUCUGCCAAACAAUCAACAACCAUACAUUGCUUUACGCGUUACCAAACCUCUACCACCAAAAGGGGCCUCAUUUGUUUAAUCAUGAACAUUAAUCGACGCUCCCUUUAUUGCGGUGUUCGGACACCUCGAGCCCCUUCGUCAAGACUGUGGUUUUCUUCUUUUGGUUUUAUCUACGCUCGUUAUAUAACAUCGGAAAUAUGAAAUGUGGGUUUGUUAUGGACGGUAGUGUUGCGUUGCU